CAGCAUGUGCCAGGAGCUGCAGCGGCAGCGGCCGCCUCUGCCUCUGCGCGGCGCGGCCGCCCCGCUCCGGCGCCGUGCGCGGCGGCGGCGGAGCAGGAGCAACUCCCGCUCCUCCCGGCGCGUCCCUCCUCCUGCCUGGCACCGUGUGCCGGCGGCGGGUGCACGGUGACCUUACGGAGCGUGCAUUACCUCACAGAAUGAUUGAAGAUUGUGGGAAAAGAGGAAAUACCAUGGCAGAAAGAAGGCAGCUGUUUGCAGAAAUGCGGGCUCAGGAUCUGGAUCGCAUCCGUUUGUCCACCUACCGAACAGCAUGCAAGCUUAGAUUUGUUCAGAAGAAAUGCAACUUACACCUGGUGGACAUCUGGAAUGUGAUCGAAGCCUUGAGGGAGAACGCCCUGAACAACUUGGAUCCCAGCAUCGAGCUGAACGUGGCUCGUCUGGAAGCUGUGAUUUCAACCAUCUUCUACCAGCUCAACAAACGGAUGCCAACGACCCAUCAGAUCAACGUGGAGCAGUCCAUCAGCUUGCUGCUCAACUUCCUGCUAGCGGCCUUCGAUCCGGAAGGACAUGGUAAAAUUUCCGUUUUUGCUGUCAAAAUGGCCUUGGCAACUCUUUGUGGAGGAAAAAUCAUGGACAAAUUAAGAUAUAUUUUCUCCAUGAUUUCUGACUCCAGCGGGAUGAUGGUUUAUGGCAGGUACGACAUGUUUCUGCGCGAGGUUCUCAAGCUGCCCACCGCUGUCUUCGAGGGGCCUUCAUUUGGUUACACUGAGCAGUCGGCAAAAUCCUGUUUCUCACAACAGAAAAAAGUCACAUUAAACACUUUCUUGGAUACUCUCAUGUCUGAUCCCCCGCCACAGUGUCUAGUGUGGUUACCACUUCUGCAUCGACUGGCGAAUGUUGAAAAUGUCUUCCACCCCGUCGAGUGUUCCUACUGCCACAGCGAGAGCAUGAUGGGGUUUCGCUACCGCUGCCAGCAGUGUCACAAUUACCAGCUCUGUCAGGACUGCUUCUGGAGGGGCCAUGCCAGCGGUUCCCACAGCAACCAGCACCAAAUGAAAGAGUACACGUCAUGGAAAUCACCUGCUAAGAAGCUAACUAAUGCACUUAGCAAGUCUUUAAGCUGUGCUUCCAGCCGUGAACCUUUGCACCCAAUGUUCCCUGACCAGCCUGAAAAACCUCUAAACCUGGCUCAUAUUGUAGAUACUUGGCCCCCCCGACCUGUAACCAGCAUGAACGACACACUCUUCUCCCAUUCUGUUCCCUCAGGAAGUCCCUUUGCAAACAGAAGGUUACUUGGGGGUAUAAAUGCAGCCAGUCCUGUGGCUGAUGAGCAUUCUCUUAUAAAGCUGUAUGUAAAUCAGCUUCACAACAAUUCACGCUCUUCUUCCAAGAAUACUGAAGUAGAGCAGAACAAACUGCUGGCUAGGGCUGCUCCAGCUUUCUUGAAAGGCAAAGGGUUACAGUACAGCCUCGAUGUUGCAGACAGGCUGGCUGAUGAACACGUGCUCAUCGGGGUCUAUGUCAACAUGCUACAGAGCAGCCCCGCACGCGUCCUUGACAGUGCAAGUCGCCUGGAUGAAGAACACAAGCUGAUCGCCAGGUACGCAGCAAGGCUGGCAGCAGAAACUUCUUCAUCACAGCCGAGUCAGCAGAGGGGGGCAUCAGAUAUCUCCUUCACCAUUGAUGCAAACAAGCAACAAAGGCAGCUGAUUGCAGAGCUUGAAAAUAAAAACCGAGAAAUCCUACAGGAGAUCCAGAGGCUGCGACUUGAACACGAGCAAGCAUCUCAGCCCACACCAGAGAAGGCCCAACAAAAUCCCACUCUCCUUGCAGAGCUCCGGCUCCUGAGACAGCGGAAGGAUGAGCUGGAACAGAGAAUGUCUGCUCUCCAGGAAAGCAGAAGGGAGCUGAUGGUUCAGUUAGAAGGCCUCAUGAAACUGCUGAAGACGCAGGGGGCAGGCUCCCCGCGCUCCUCGCCCAGCCACACCAUCAGCCGGCCCAUUCCCAUGCCCAUCAGGUCUGCCUCUGCCUGCUCCACCCCGACCCACGCACCGCAGGACUCUCUGACCGGGGUGGGAGGAGAUGUGCAGGAAGCCUUUGCACAAAGUGCAAGACGAAACUUAAGAAAUGAUUUGCUGGUGGCAGCAGAUUCAAUCACCAACACCAUGUCUUCUUUGGUGAAAGAACUAAAUUCUGAAGUGGGCAGCGAGACAGAGAGCAAUGUGGAUUCUGAGUUUGGACGGACUCAUUUUGAUGAUCUGGUUCCAUCCCCGACGUCUGAGAAGGCUUUCCUGGCGCAGAUCCACGCCCGGAAGCCGGGGUACAUCCACAGCGCUGCUGCCACCGGCUCCAUGCGCAGCGACAUGGUUACAGAAGAUGGAGACCCUUAUGUCAGAGCAGAUGAUGAAAAUUACGAGAAUGACUCUGUGCGCCAGCUGGAGAAUGAACUGAAAAUGGAGGAGUACCUGAAGCAGAAGCUGCAGGAUGAGGCGUACCAGGUCAGUUUGCAAAGUUGAGUGCAAUAUUCUUCUCUCUCCUCUCAAGGAAGCUGCAGUCAGACAGACAAUGAAAGCUACGUAAGAACUGAUGAUGAGGAGAGCUGCUUUCGGACAGACGAUGAAGAAAACUCAGCUGCAAACUUCACAGAAGAAUGGAACCAAGAGGUGCAGCGACUCUUGACAAAAAAAUCACAUAACUAAAUUCUGAGGACUGUAGCACAGUACUUUUGUUCUAAGAGUUGUAGUUUGUAGAUGUGUGGUUUUUGACAACAAGACUUUUGUUUAAAGCUAACUUAUAUUAGCUACAUCUUCUGUAACAUGGCUCAUUACUGGCGAAGCAAACAGACUGACGCGCGUGCUGCCGUCACACACGACGGCGCUGUUAAUAACUCACGUGAACCCUUUGCACAUGAUAUUGAACCUGUUCCGUUUACAAUGACAAUACUGUUUAUAGUUAGAAAUUUGAUUUCUGAAUACUUUGAGAUUUUAGUAGAUCAGUUUACUAUACACUGUACAUUUUUUUUUCCCACGGGAGAAAUAAAAAGCGACAAUUAUGCAUUUAACACUGAACAGUGAUACGCCUGAGUGUAUAUAUCUAGUAGCCCAAAAAACAAAGUACCAGACUAUAUUUGCAAUUUGUUUGCAAGUCUUUGAAUUAAGGCUUAUACAAAAUGUACUAAAAUAAUAAUAAUAUAAUUAAUAAUAAUAAUAAACUUCUCUAAUUUAGGGCUAAUGUGUAACUUAGGAAUGUUUCUUUCAAAAUAAUCUAACAAAUCAGCCAUAGAAGUUAGUGUAAAUAUUUUUUUUCCAAAUAGAUAUCAUAUACAAAAGGUGACAUUCAAAUGAUAUAGAAUCUAGUUUUUAAAUCAGCACAGAUCUUCUUAAAACUGUGAACUAUGUUUUGAAAUACUCGUUGCUAAAGCUGUUUAUAAACCACAGGUGCCAUAAGAUCCCUGAACUGACUGAUGUUACGUAUAAUCCUCCAUGGUAUUGUUUCAUUGAUGUUUUAGCUUUAGUAAGCAUGUGUUCAACAAACCAGCUCUUUCCAUCUCUCUGCCCCUCCUCUUCCUCCUCGCCCUCUUCCAUUAUGUUAUUUUCGAGGCCUUCAGCUUUAAAUGUACAGGCUUAAAGUGCGCUUGCAACUGUUUUCUUUUGAUUUCCAAAUGUGUACUGCCUUAGCCAGCCACCAGAUGUUCUGCAUGCCCUCUUGGAAAUGUGUGAUGAGACUCUUUCAGAGCAGGAUGGAGAAAUAGCAAUCAGCGAAAAGCACAAGAAGAGCAGUGGAUUCUUGCGAAAGGACAGGCAUACAGUUACAGAAUUGGAGUUUCGUCCAGUUUAGUAUUUUUCCAGUAUCAAGGCAUUUCAGGAGAAAGGGGCCUGAUGUGGCCAUUAGGCAGUGAGGCUGCUGCCUGAAAAGUGUUUGCUCUGCUGUGACUACGAACCUACAGAUACUCCUGAGUGGGCAUUGACACAAACUAGCACCAACGUGCUCCCCAGAGCACCCUGCUCCAAAACAAAGGUGACACCUCUGUGGCACACGGCACUGCCAUGCAGAGGGACCACAGCCAGGCCAGGGACAGCUGGAGCAGCAGCCGGGCAGGGACACCAGGAGGUGUUCCAUGCUGGCCGCCUGGCCCUCCUGAGCUGCGCAGUGUUAGCUCGGGGCCGCCUCUGUGCCAAGGCAAUCCUACUGCCCUAAUACAAUAUUGGGCUUCCAGUACCUGGCUGACCUGAAGUGACACUGUCUUAACAGCCCUGAGAACAGUGGUAUUUCAUACAGAUAUUUCACACCAGCACAGUUUGCCUACAGCAAGUGAUGAGAUAUCCAUCUAAAGCUGGUUAACAUGGCUUGUCUGUCCUUGCUUUCAUGGUGACGUGGAUGUGUGCUGCCGUGUUUACAUGAGAUUGCUAUGUAGCUCGACCCAGUAAAUCCACUUGUUUGCAUGCAUUCUCCAGGCUCCUGGCUGUUUCCCUGGGCACUGUGUGUUAGGGAACGAGUAUCUGUAUGAAAGAGCUGCUGCCACGUUUCAUAUCAUUUUACUGUGUAUGCAGAUCUCUUGUCUGUAUAUCCUUGUGUACCUGGACUUACUCUCAGACAUCCAAAUGCAUACUUAAGGGAUCCAGAUACCCUCAUGUAAGCUUUUCAUUUUUGCAGUCACUGGUCUUUGCUCCUGGGGUAUGUGCUAUCCUGGCAAGGCAGGCACCGUAUCUUUCACUGUCCCCUCCUCCAACCUCCUCUCAGGAAUGAGUUAGCCUCCACUAGUGCCUAGCACUCCAUGUUUUAAGCUACUCCCGUGAACCUGUAGACGUUGCUGUCAGCUCAGGAUUCCAGGCAAGCAUUUCCUGAACAGGGAGAAAACAAGCUAGAACAAAGCUAUGUGCAAUGGCUGAUUAUUUCAACCCAUGUCAGGUUUAAUUGUACCCAAAGUAAUAGAUCCCUCUCAUCACCUUAAUGUCUGCGUGCUCAUUAUCACCAUGCUUAAAAUAGAUGCACUAGACUAAAUCCAUUGCAAGAGCUUCCGAACUAGGAGUAAGCACUGAAGUUGACUAAUCAAGUACCUUUCUUUUAGGCUGGUGUCAACAAGCUGAUCCCUUAGGAGUUCUGGGUCCCUUAUGCCCUGGAGCUCUGAGAUGAAGCACCUCUUAGCUCUGCAAAUGUCUAUUUUAAGCAUUUUCCCAACUGUUAAGCUGGCUGCAUUUUCACCCAGCUGGUCUUUUGUCUGUUUGUUGAAUAUUAUUUUGGUUGUGGUUUGCGGUCAUUAAAACAAACACAAUUACAGAAGAGGUCCCUGGUAUGGCCCUUUUCUUAAUUACCAAUGGCCCACCAUGACUGUCAAAACUCCGGGUGGUUUUACUGUCACUGGAGGAAAACCAGUGGUUUGGAAUCAGGAGACAGGGAUGUGAAGAUGUAUAGGGUCCUUGAAUGUCCAAAGCAAAGGUGGAGAAUGGGUUGUCUGUAAGUAGUAAUGUUAACUAAACUGCAUAAAAAGGUGUGUGGCCUUUGUUGUGAUAUAAUAUGUAUUUUCUUAUAUGCAUGAGCCAAAUUGUUGCAUCAUAAUUUAUCAUAAGUGUGUCCGCCUUUACUUUCAGUUGUCACCUUCUCCCAUUCUUAUUGGUUCUUGGCAAUUACUGUAGAUAGACCUUGUAAAUAUUGCAGCCUCGGGUUGCUGUAAUCACACUGGUUCAAUUCAGCAGACGGAGCUGUGAACAACAAGCACUCCACAGUGUCCUGAAGAAUAAAGGGCAUUUUUACCUUUGAACCAAAAACAAAAAGAAGUAUGAAGAGUUACAUCUUGAGGCUACUAAGUGCAACGCAUUUUUAAAACACUGUACUUGACACCACUUGAGACAGAUACGGAGACACUAAAAAUGUCACGAUAUUCAUUGGUAUUGUAACAGAACUGCUAUUGUAUGGGGUUUUUGUAUUGCUGUUAAGUAUUGUUUUGUGUGUGUGUGUUGGAACCUACUGGGGACAUGUUAUAUUUUGAAGUGAUUAAACUAUUUAAUUGUGUGUCUAUAUUUUGGAAUGGAAUUAUUUCUUCAUUAAAAAGAUUUUUAAAAGGAA